GGUUAGGGCGGCACGGGUGGAGACGGCGGCAGCGCCUGCGAGAGAGGGCGGGUCCGGGUCAGCUGCUGCAGGCGGGCGGUGCGUCUCUUGCCGCCGCCCUCCUUCCGCCACGAUGCCGGGGAUCGACAAGCUGCCCAUCGAGGAGACGCUGGAGGACAGCCCGCAGACAAGGUCUUUACUGGGUGUAUUUGAAGAAGAUGCUACAGCUAUUUCCAAUUAUAUGAACCAGUUGUAUCAAGCUAUGCAUCGGAUUUAUGAUGCACAGAAUGAAUUAAGUGCAGCAACACAUCUGACUUCAAAACUUUUAAAAGAAUAUGAAAAACAGCGUUUUCCAUUGGGGGGUGAUGAUGAAGUUAUGAGCUCUACUUUGCAACAGUUUUCAAAAGUUAUAGAUGAGCUUAGCUCUUGUCAUGCGGUACUUUCGACGCAGCUUGCUGAUGCCAUGAUGUUCCCCAUUACCCAGUUUAAAGAAAGAGAUCUGAAAGAGAUAUUGACAUUAAAGGAAGUGUUUCAGAUUGCUAGUAAUGAUCAUGAUGCUGCAAUUAACAGAUACAGCCGAUUAUCAAAAAAAAGAGAAAAUGACAAGGUGAAGUAUGAAGUAAUAGAAGAUGUCUACACUUCCAGAAAAAAACAACACCAGACCAUGAUGCAUUAUUUUUGUGCAUUAAAUACUCUUCAGUACAAAAAGAAAAUAGCGUUGUUAGAACCUCUACUUGGGUACAUGCAAGCUCAGAUAAGUUUCUUUAAGAUGGGUUCUGAAAAUCUCAAUGAACAACUGGAAGAAUUCUUAACUAAUAUUGGAACAAGCGUACAGAAUGUUCGCAGGGAGAUGGACAGUGAUGUCGAGACCAUGCAGCAGACAAUAGAGGAUUUGGAAGUAGCCAGUGACCCUUUAUAUGUGCCUGACCCAGACCCCAUGAAAUUUCCUGUUAAUCGAAACUUAACCCGAAAGGCUGGAUACCUUAAUGCUAGGAAUAAAACAGGCUUGGUGUCAUCUACCUGGGACAGACAGUUUUACUUCACGCAGGGUGGAAACUUAAUGAGUCAGGCCCGUGGGGACGUAGCGGGAGGCCUGGCCAUGGACAUAGACAACUGUUCAGUAAUGGCUGUGGACUGCGAAGACAGGCGAUACUGUUUUCAGAUCACCUCUUUUGAUGGAAAAAAAUCUUCAAUUUUGCAAGCAGAAAGUAAAAAAGACCAUGAAGAGUGGAUCUGUACAAUAAACAACAUAUCUAAACAAAUAUAUUUAAGUGAAAAUCCAGAGGAAAUUGCUGCACGAGUAAAUCAGUCAGCUUUGGAAGCUGUCACUCCUUCCCCAUCUUUCCAGCAGAGGCACGAGAGCCUGCGGCCAGCAGGACAAUCUCGGCCACCGACAGCUCGAACCAGCAGUUCUGGAUCCUUAGGAUCUGAGUCCACAAGUUUGGCUGCCCUUUCUCUAGAUUCUCUUGUCGCCCCAGACACCCCAAUACAGUUUGACAUCAUUUCUCCCGUGUGUGAAGAUCAGCCUGGCCAGGCAAAAGCCUCUAGUCAGGGAAACAGGCGUACAAAUCCUUUUGGAGAAUCUGGAGGAGGUACAAAAUCUGAAACUGAAGAUUCUAUUCUUCAUCAGUUGUUUAUUGUCCGAUUCCUUGGUUCUAUGGAGGUGAAAUCAGACGACAAUCCAGAUGUUGUUUAUGAAACAAUGCGCCAAAUCUUAGCUGCCCGUGCCAUCCAUAACAUCUUUCGUAUGACAGAAUCACAUUUAUUAGUCACUUGUGAUUGUUUAAAGUUAAUUGAUCCACAAACACAAGUUACAAGGCUCACGUUUCCAUUACCAAGUGUAGUUUUGUAUGCUACACACCAGGAAAAUAAGAGGCUUUUUGGAUUUGUUCUUCGGACAUUAGGAGGGAGAAGUGAAAGUAAUCUAUCAUCAGUCUGUUAUAUAUUUGAAUCAAACAAUGAGGGAGAAAAGAUUUGUGAUUCUGUUGGACUGGCAAAACAGAUAGCUUUGCAUGCAGAACUGGAUCGUAGGGCAUCAGAAAAACAAAAAGAAAUAGAGAGAGUAAAAGAGAAGCAACAGAAAGAACUCAGUAAACAAAAACAGAUUGAAAAGGACUUAGAAGAACAGAGUCGGUUGAUAGCUGCUUCCAGUAGACCAAACCAAGCCAGUAGUGAGGGGCAGUUUGUUGUCCUUAGCAGCAGCCAGUCAGAAGAGAGUGAUUUGGGAGAAGAAGGAAAGAAGAGAGAGUCAGAAGCAUAAACUUAUCCUUGAUUUUGGUUGAUAUAUCCCCCCUUGGAAUUUAUUGAUAAUUUCUGUGAUGAAAUGGCACAAGGUAACAACUAUGUUGAAAUAUCGAGGAGACUAAAGUUUAUAUUGCCUUGUUUGUUUUAACUUCAUUUUUUAAAAUGAUUGACCUUAAUGACUUAGGUUUGCAUUGAUUUUUCUUUCCUUCAAAAUAAAAUCCUAUGCAGUAACAUCAGAUUCCACAUGUCUAAAAGAAACCUGUUCAUCUCCCUGAAGUCGAUUGCUGAGGAACUGCACUUGCUUAAUUAAGCCUUUUUCCUUCAAAUUGUGAAUUAUCUUUCAUUGUAAUUGACUAUGACCAUAAGGAAUCAUUUAUUCUUCAGCUUUCGACAUUCAUGGAUAUGCUCCCUCUAUUUUAUUCGGAACAUUUUGCUGGCACUGAGGAAGCUUGCGACUGAAUAGGUUCAAAACUCUUUAUGUGGAGAAUUGUGUAAGUUUGCAAAUAUUUUAACAAUAUAAAAUGUGCAAUAGAACUUUUAUAAAAUAAUUAGGACAGAGGUUUUAGACUUCAGGUUUCAAAUUGUGGCAGACGGUACUGUUGAUUUCAGGGCACUUUCUUGGAUUGCAACGUUUCCCUGAUGUACUACUCCUGAUGCCAAGGAAAGAAGUUUACGUGAUAGAGCCCUUGGCAUUUUAUUAUCACAUUCUUAGUUCUCAGGUUGGGACUUGAAUUAUUGCUGCAGAGCAGUAAUGGUUAAAAGAAGAUUUUGGAAUUUAUUAAAAGGAUUUUUGUUUGUUUGUUUUAGAUUAGGACUUAACGUGUAAAGAUAUUGAUACAAAAUAAUACACCAUAUUUUCUGCAUUGCGUGAAAUAAUUUUUAUUGAAAAACACGUGAUAUUUCAAAAGAAGUUCUAUAACAAGUAUGUUUCCUGCUUAAAGUAAAAAUUCCCAGAGUUUAGUUUAGAAAAUGUAGUCUUUUAAAUUUCAGACUAAUAUCCACAGUAUUUUCAUAAUCCCGUGUUUUGAUAAAAUGCUCAUCACCACUUUAUAUCCACAAAAGCAAAUAACUAAUAUAUGAGAAUAAUUUGCACUAAUUAUUGUAAAUACUUGUACUCUUCAAAUGAGUAAAAGGUCUGAUUCCAUGAAAGGUUGAAAAGAAAUUGAAUGCUUGGUGUAGGAGAGUUAACCAAGGAAGGAUUUUAGCUUGGUGCCAAGGUUAAAAUGACAUUUCUCUACUGCCUACUUCUAUGUCAAAACUUGAUUUUUUUUUUCUUUACUUGGAUUUUUAACAUUGCCGAUAGAAAUUAUGUUCGUAUGUUUCGCAUGUAAAAGUAUAUUAUAGACAAGUUAAAUAUAUUGAAUAAACUAUUUUACAUAGUCAUGGAUUUAAAGUUUUCAAGAGAUUAGUGACUAAGACUAAUUUUACAAGGGAAAAAAAGCCUUUUGUUCUUUGAUAUAUAGUUUCUUCUUCUUAGUUCUGAGUAGAAAUGGCAUCUGUUUUUUUCUCACAAUAUAGUUUGGCUGUUUCACACUGUAUAUACACUAUUUUCUGUAGGAAUGGGAUAGAUAAUUAUACAUAGGAUCAUGAUAUUCAUUUUAUCCAUGUGCCAAAUGGGAAUAAUGAUUACUUGAUAAUCGUUAUUUUGCAGCCCUGUGUUACCAAAACAUUUAGUAAAAAGGGAGAAAUUUAUGGAAUACUUUUUCUAAAAAGUUUAUUUUUUGCUUACUAAAGGGAAUGCAUUCACAGUAGUUUGUGUAUCAUUCCUUCUGUAGAAGUUGAAAUUUCUUCUGUGGUCAACACCUGAUUAGUCAUGGCAAGUCCUGCUUUUAAGACCUUUUUGAGAAUUAGUUAAGCUUUCUGUUUCAUUAAGUCUUUUGUUUAUACUAGUGAGUUGUCACCUUGCUUAGUUCAGAUGAAACUUGUCACCCAACAAGGGUGGUCAGCAUGAGGAGGCAGUUUUACUAGGCUGGUGCUUUGCCUGGUAGCAAAGUGCUGCCCUUUGUUAGCACUCUGGGUCAAAGUGGAGGCUAGAGUUAAGGGUACUGGCAAACUUAGGGAUUCUGGACAGAUUUGUAGUUGCUGUUAAGUCAUGUUUGAUAGGAAUCUCCACAGUAACACACUCAUGUCCACAGGCCAGACCAAAGCGCAUUCCAGCACCAAAUAGGAGUUGUGUAUGGGUUUAACAAUGUUCGAUGAUGUAACUUCUGUUCCAUUACUAUCGUACUAUAUGAACUAUUCCAUUACUGCAGAUAUUUAAGCAUCAACUUUAAUAAACUCUCUUUUUUAUUUAGGGAAGAAGCUGAUCUUUGUUGCUCUUUGAAACCCCUUCUAGCUCUGGAAUGCUUGAGUGGUAAUUGUUAGAUUUUGGAAUACCUUUCUCAGAUUCAGUCUUACAUUUUGUGGUUUUUAGAGAUUAACAAAGCUGAUUCUUUAAAAUGAAAGAAGUUGUCUACCUAAUUCUGCUAGGCACUCUGCUAUCCAUAUGAAUAGUACUUUUAUAAUUCUAGUAGUGAAGUAAAUAGGUAGGAAACCUAUUAUUCCUUCUCCCUUUUAAUAUUUUGAAAACUUUCUAACAAGGGACUGAAACUGUUACCUUGUACAGAAUCCUCAAAGCCAGUCUAGUUUUUGCCAUGUCUACAAUGAUUACUUUGUGGUUAAUUUCAAAAGAAUUCUCAGGCUCCACAAUCUAGGGGUGGUAAAUUUGUGUUACCUUUAUGCUUGAGAAAAAGAUAAUAGGGUGUGCAUAACAUUCUACAUAACAUAUCUUAUGUGGUAGAGGCAUCUGAGUUAAUUUUGAGUUAUAUAUAGGAACUACAAGUAUUUUAGAUUUAAAUCUUAUAUAAAUAAUGCUUCAGGUCCUAAGAGCUUGUGUGUUACAAAACCUUCUGCCACUUGACUUAAUAAAGUGAAAAUAUUAACAUUGGUUUUGACAACAACCUCCUAGCAUUCAAACUGUACUUUAAAUAUUAAAACACACUGAUUGUAGCAAGCAACCCUUUCAUUUUAUCUUUAGCAAGUUUGACUUACUCUUUCAUGAGAUUUUGUUCUACAUUAAUUAAUUAAUACAUAAAGAUUUGAAACUGGAACUAUACUUUUUAACCAAUCUCUUGUGGCUAUACUCCUAUGUAAUUAACUUCAGUUAAUAUGAGAACUGGGGAUUAAGUUAUAACUAAUGUGCGAAACUGCUUUGUAUAUUUAGUGAUUUUGUAAUGUAAGUGAAUUGGUUAAUUCUUCUUUCACUGAUACUAUUAAUCAUGCAGUAUAAAAUUAAAGAUCAUGUUACAUUUCCCUUUAGAAUUGGAUUUGAAGAGCUCGACUUUAUGUAAUGGUGGCAUACAUGUGGAAUGGAGAACUUAUUUUUUCAUUUUGUCAAAAUAGGUAUUCCCUGACAUGGCUUCAGGAAAUAUGCUGUUAGGAGAUUUUUAAUGUAUAAUAAAGUCCAUAAUUUUUGUACAGUC